AUGUUAUCUUGUGUUGUUGCUUUUGUUCCUUUGUCCAACUUCACUUUGUCAAUCCAAACCGGAACACUGUUCGUGUAUGUUAGGCCAGGUGUUACUGGUGGUAAUGCUGCUGGCAUGGAAGUAGUUGCUGUACCAUCCAUUCCAAAACAAACUCAUCUUUAUAUAGCAGCAGAUGAAGUGAUCAACUCUCUACUUGAUUUACAACCUGAAUUGUGGGGCCUCCCUCCAUUUGAUGAUUGGAUAGAUGGUACUUUGCCAUUAGAAAUUUGGCAUUUAGGUGGUUCUGUGGUUAAGGGAUUUGGUCGUGGCUCAAAGGUUCUUGGAAUCCCUACCGCUAAUUUAUCUACCAAAGGUUACUCAGCACUUCUUUCGGAACAUCCAUCUGGUGUGUACUUUGGUUGGGCUGGAUUAUCUGCACGAGGUGUUUACAAGAUGGUCAUGAGUAUUGGUUGGAACCCAUAUUUCAACAGCACUGAAAAGACAAUAGAGCCUUGGUUGCUUCAUGAAUUUGAUGGGGAUUUCUAUGGGGAGGAAUUGCGCCUUGUGAUAGUUGGCUAUAUUCGACCAGAGGCCAAUUUUACAUCACUUGAGAGCUUGAUAGCAAAGAUUCACGAGGAUAGAAGAAUUGCAGAGAGAGCUCUAGAUCUUCCAUUAUACCUGAAAUACAAGGAUGACCCAUAUUUGAAAGGCUCUUCCCUGUGAUUGUGGCGAGCAUCCAUAAACUUCAUGACCCCUGAAACUUUUACAGAGCUUACUUUGCAGACAGCAUUUGUCCAUUAUAGAAGACAUUGGUUUGUGACCAUAUUGUAUUCUCAUUUCAUGAAAUGUUAGGCCCGUCUCCAAAUCACCGUGGGUAUAAAACUGAAACAACCCCCCUGAAAUCCCCCAAUUAUUGUUACUGAUGAUAUAUGUACCGGAAAAUUGUUGAUGAUAUACUAAAAUUAUAGUUGGGAAGCAUUUAUGCAUCCUCAUGUUUGAGCCUUUA